UUAAAAUCCAACAUGGCCGCUGUGCUGGUGGUUCUGGCGGAAACGUGGAACGGAACAUCAAUGCUAACGUUAAAAGUAUCGGUCGGAUGUUAAUUAGAAAGACGUAUGGUCGAUUAUAUUUAUCGAAAUGUUAAGAAUUAGUUUUAUUUUACUUAUAAUAAGUUAUCUAACUAGAUGCGAAGCGGAAAUAAAUUAUGACGUUUCAUAUAAACGUGGGAUUCAAGCUUAUUUAGAAAAUCGCUGGGAAGAUUGCGUUAAUUACAUAGAAAAUGCCAUAAAUCAGUACAGAAAUUAUCUUUCGGCCAUUUUAAAUUGCCGUUACAAGUGCCAUUCGUUUGUUGAUACGGAAUUAAAUCAAUCGGAAGUUAAAGAUUUGCUUCGAUUUUACGAAUUAAUUGUUAAAAAUGCUUAUUGUUUAAUGAAGUGCGAAAAGUAUUAUUUUAAAACACGCCCCUCGAUUAAGAAGGAAGUCGACAAUGAUUUUGAAAACAAGGUACCUUAUGAUUAUCUUCAGUUGUGUUACUUCAAGUUGGGUAAACUUGAAAAUGCUGCAUCCUGUUCAUAUACCUUCCUUGUUCAUAAUCCUGGACAUAGUGUAAUGCAAAACAACUUACAGUAUUAUGUUGGACUGCCUGAAGUUCAGUUAGAGAAUAUUAAAUAUUUAGAGCCAAAAAAUUAUCAGGAAUUUUAUAUAAAAGCUGUACAGAUGUAUGGGGAAGAAAAUUUUUCAGAAGUUAUUGAAUGGAUGGAACAAGCCUUGAUAGAAUAUUUGAAAGCAGAAAAAGAAUGUCAGUUGAUGUGUGAAAAUUCUAUGUCUUCAGCUCCUGAAACAGAUUUCAUUGUAUUAGUUGCCAAUCAUUUUACAUUUACAUUAAGAUGUAAGUUACAAUGUCCAUUAAAAUUAUCUCUCAUUCAUGGUCAACUUUAUCAAAAUCUUUUCUCUAAUCAUUAUCAUUACCUACAGUUUGCCUAUUAUAAAAGAAACCAAUUAAAGAAAUCAUGUGAAGCUGUAGCAUCAUAUCUUUUGUUUCAUCCAAAUGACACUGUGAUGUUAGAAAAUGAGCAGUUUUAUAAGAGUGUUAAAAGUGUUCAGAAAGAAUGGUUUCGUCCAAGAGAAGAAGCUGUAAAAUAUUAUGAUCAGUUAAAGAGGCAAAAAGAACUACUACUAUAUAUUGAACAAUCUUUCCAAUUCAAUGAUUCCAAUAAUCAGGAUAUAUUCUUAAAUGAACCAAUUCCACCCCCAUCCCAAGUUAAGAAUAAUCAUAAUCAUGAUAUUAAUAUUGAAAGGAUAAAAAGAGAAGCUGAUAAACCAGAAGAAGUAUUAAAAUGGGAAGAAGAAAAUGGGGUUAGUGUUAUUAUGAAAGAUAAAGAUUUAAAUGGAUCUUUACGAUUUGCUGCAGAUGGCUUAGCUUCACAAAAGGAAUGUGACAAGAUGAUUUCUCUUGCUAGAGAAGGUGCACUUCAUGGUGAUGGCUAUAAUGGGAAGCAUUCACCUCAUACUGAAUUUGAAAUGUUUGAAGGUUUAACAAUUGGAAGAGCUGCAAUUUUAACGCAAAGAGGUAUUCUCGAUGCCGCAUCUUCACAGAUAUUUUUAAAUGUGAGUGAAAAAGCAAGAAAAUACGUUGAGAUGUAUUUCAAACUUAACUCUUAUUUAUAUUUUGCCUAUACUCAUCUUGUUUGUCGAACAGCUUUACCAGAUUCUCCGGGAUCAAGAACCGAUUUAAGUCAUCCCGUUCACGCGGAUAACUGUGUAUUGACGAGUGAUGGACAGUGCCUAAAACAACGACCCGCCUACACUUGGCGAGAUUAUAGUGCUAUUGUAUAUUUAAAUGAAGAUUUUGAAGGCGGUGAUUUUAUUUUUGCAAGAAACAAAGAAACCAUUCAAGCAUCGGUAAGACCGAAGUGCGGUAGAAUGGUUGCCUUUUCUGCCGGAAAAGAAAAUCUGCACGGCGUACAAGCCGUUACUAAAGGUCGAAGAUGUGCCUUAGCCAUGUGGUACACAUUAGAUCCAAAGCAUAAAGAAAGAGAAAGAGACUUUGCAGAACAUGUUUUAUCAGAUCUUGUAAACAGACAAAAGGGGAAAGAUAAAGUAUCAAAAAAUGAUAAAGUAGACAUUUCAACACUGAUUCCAGAAAACAAAUUAAAUCUCCAGUCACCAGACAGCAAAUCUGGCAGCUCUACUAAGAAAGAACCUGAAAUGUUUAUGGAGUCAAAAGCAGAAAGAGAACAUUUCCACUUUGACUUAUAGGCCAGUUAGUAAAUCCAUUUUCUAGUCUAAAGGAUCAAAAAGUUAUUAAGCCAGGAUCAAAUCUGUUAUAAGUCAUCACCAUAAAUUUUCACACUUAACUGUUGAUCAUAUAAUGAUCAGUACUGCCUUUUUAAAUUUUUUCAAUAUACACAUUUAUAUUUUUAUAUGCUUUUUAUGUGCAUUUGUUUCAGGAGUAUUCUAGUUGCCAUAGAAGAGAUAUUAUUAUUAUUAUUAUUAUAUAUGUAUAUAU